AAGUCCUGCUCUAAGUCCACCCUGGUCAUACACCAGGUAGCUCACACAGGGAAGAAACCCUAUGACUGUAGCGAGUGAGGGAAAACCUUCUGUGUGAAGUCCAACCUCACCAAACACUUGAAAAUCCACACAGGGGAGAAACCUUACGGCUGCAGUGAGUGUAGCAAAUCCUUCUCCAUGAAUUCCUUGCUGGUUGUGCAUAAAAGAACACACACAGGGGAGAAGCCCUACGUGUGUGUCGAGUGUGAGAAGGCCUUCUCUAAAAGGUCAGCCCUUACCAAACACCAGAAGACUCACACAGGGGAGAAGCCACAUGAGUGUGCGUGUGGGAAAGCCUUCUAUGUGAAGUCAACUCUCGCCAUCCACCAGAGGAUGCACACUGGAGAGAAGCCCUUUAAGUGCAUGGACCGUGGAAAAGCCUUCUAUGCCAAAUCCCUUCUCAACAUUCACCAGAGAAACCACACAGGGAAGAAGUCCCACGUGUGCGGCAAGUGUGGAAAAGCCUUUUCCAUGAGGUCUAGUCUCGCUGAGCACCAGUGAACACACUCAGAAGAGAAACCCUAUGAAUGUACAGCAUGUCCGAAAGCCUUCCGCCACAAGUCCACGCUGAUGGUGCACCUGAGGACACACACAGGGGAGAAGCCUUACCCAUGUGCCGAAUGCGGGAAGACCUUCUACAUGAAAUCAGCCCUCAGUCAACACAGAAGAAUCCACACAGGUGAGAAGCCGUACGCAUGUAAGGAGUGUGGGAAAACCUUCUUCCAGAAGUCCCACCUCACUAGACACCAGCACACACACACAGGGGAGAAGCCCCAUGAAUGCUGUGAAUGCGGGAAAUCCUUCUGUUAUAAGUCAGCCUUAACCAUUCACCAAAGGACCCACAUAGAAGAAAAACCCUACAAGUGCAAUGAAUGUGAGAAGUCUUUCUGCAUGAAAUCGCACCUAACCGUUCACCAGAGAAAUCACUCAGGAAAGAAACCCUUUGAAUGUAACGAAUGUGGGAAAACAUUUUAUGUGAAGUCAAACCUCAUCAAUCACAAGAGAACUCACUUGGGGGAAAAGCCAUAUGAGUGCAAGAGGUGUGGGAAGUCCUUCUGUAUGAAGUCAACUCUCACAGUGCAUCAGCGCACACACACAGGAGAGAAACCCUAUGAAUGCACCAACUGUGGGAAGUCCUUCUGCAAGAAGUCAACUCUCAAUAAACACCUAAGCAUCCACACAAGAGCAAUCCCUUAA